CUCAUCACAACGUUACAUCCCAAUUUCAGGGAUCAUUAGACGGUCGGAGGCAGAGGCAGCGAUUGACGCCGCACCAAUCGCAAGCACAUGCAUGUGCUGUCCGCCAGCGCAAGGAAGUCGUCAAGAUCUGAUAUCAUUAUUUUGAACCCUUCCGUCCACAUUCCAGCCACCUCAAAAUCUUCUCUUCUCUAACAUAAUUGCUCACCCCCUCUCAAACGCUUAAUCGCCGCCGAACAAAUCCUCCACACCACUGAAACUUCAUUGCUGCGAGCGGAGAGAGACAUCCGACGUCGUCCAGAUAAACGGUCGUGCCCCACCCACGGCCAGCGAAGCGUUGUACAUUGGGUCAGGAUUGCGGGUCACACGAUCAUUUCGACACUGUCAUAUUUCACAACACAACCACCAUAAGAUCACAGACGUCUCUAGUAAAUCAUGGCGCAAGUAGCAUCCCCUCAUCAUUCUCCCUCAUCGGCUCCGCGCCGACCAAAAGGAAUUCUCAAGAAUUCAAGCUCCUUUUAUAACUCACCGCCGGACACGCGCAUGAGCCCGACAUCAGAGAAGCCGAACUUCACAUCGAUCGAGAAGUCGCCCGAUGGCGCCCAGCGACCCGGUCUGCCGCACCAGAUGUCGGAGAAAGAGAUUGUGCAGAUGAACACAGAGAUCAACGCAGGCGAAGCUGGUCAGCGUCGCAACAGCAGUAACCCUCGUGCAAGCCUGGGCCAACGACAAUCGUCGCAAGGCAGCAAUUCUGGGCGCUCAGAUGGCGAGGUCGACGAAAGUGGAACGCGCUUGAAGUGGGACGAGGCCAAUCUCUACCUCAAUGAAGGUCAGAUGGGCGGCAAGAUGAAGAUCGACGAGCCCAAGACACCAUUCGCGAAGAACUACGACCCCACGGAGGACGAGGACGACGAAGUGGAGACUUUGAAUGCGCAAGAAAUUGCAGUGGAUGAGCUGGACAUGAACAAGACACGCAAGACUGGAAGAUCGGGCUCAGGAGCUGGCGCCAAAAUGGCUGACAUCCCGGGCCUCGACCUGGGCGAGCCCCAGCUGGAGCCUGCGGUACCGACGGAGGGCGGUGCCGAGCGCAAAGUCCAUGUCGAUAGUGACUACAUGGACGUGGACGGCAGCCGCCAUGGAGAGGAGGACACCACUGAUAUGACCAGCGAGGAGAGGGAAAAGCACAAGAAGUUUGAGGAGAUGCGCAAGAAGCACUACGAGAUGAAGAACAUCAAGGAUCUACUCGGCCACCCGGAUGCCGUUGACGCCAUGGAGGACGAUGGGGAUGAAUGACAGAGUAGUCCCAUCCAACUUGUGAAGGACCUCACUACCGCGAACCUCGACAUUGAGGAGCAGCCAUUUGACGGCUACGACGGACGAAUUUGACGCAUAUUCACGACAGGGCAUGUAUUGGUGUUUUUUUUGGGGCGGCAGCGC